AUGCAUCAUUUGAAAAAGCUCUUCAACCAUGGUAAAGAGCAGAAAGGCCGUGGCCCCAACAGACCCAAGAAGGCCCAAAGCGCAAAUCACCCGCCUCAUCAACACAAGAUUCAAGCAGACGACUGGGUGUCUAGAUCCUCAGUAUCAAUACCAGCCCACCAACCCAACAUAACAAAGAUCGAGGGCUCUCCUCCCCCUCGAGACUUGUGGAAAUCCGCCUAUGAUAAGCUCGACCAGAAGGAACAAGAUAUAUUGUCAAAAAUACCAGUUCUUACCCAACCAGGAAUUGAUGAGAAGAAGCAUAAAACAAAAGCUAUCAUUGACAAAGUUGUUGAGACGACAAAAGAGCAGUACGAGAAAUACCAAGAGGGUGGUCUAAAAAUUCGGAGGUCAACAGGCAAUGAUAUUGACCUGAGGAAACUAUCUCACAAGAUAAUCAAUGCUGCGUUCUCCUUUAAGGAGAUCAUAAGCACUGUUGUUGGCUUUGAUCCUACUCAUCAUGCAGCAAGCGCUUGGGCAGUUGUCUCAAUUGGACUGACUAUGGCCAAGAACAGUUCCGACCUGCGUGAUGCUUUAUUUCAGUCUUCAGAGUACAUGGCAGACAUCCUUGCACGACAUGCCUAUAUUGAAGAAAAGUUCUACCACCAAUCUGGGCAGAAUGCCCAGACUGGGCAUGCCCUUGUUAAAGUUUACAAAGCGAUUCUUCAGUAUGCUGCAAAAGUGUUGGCCGCUCAAGACUCUAAUGUUGGAAAGUGGAUGCUGGACAGUGUUACUGGCAUUACCAACCAAGAUCUUAUGGAGCUCAAGAAGUCUGUCAAAGACCAAGAGCAGGAGUUGCAUCACUGUGUUGAACGUGAACAACAUUUGCAUCAUAAUGAACAAGCAGAGCAGCUUCUGACCCAAGGGGACCAAAUAAUGCGUUCCUUUCAAGCUCUCAUCCAGAAGUUCAACCUACCUAUUGCUGAAGGAGCAUCUUAUGACUCAUUUGAUAAUCAACAUGGAGAGAAGUGCCUUCCAGGGACCAGAAAGGAGCUUCGUUGCCAAAUUGCAAACUGGGCUGAAGAAUUAGACAGCAAAGUUAUAUUCUGGUUGAAUGGCAUGGCAGGGACUGGAAAGUCCACCAUCGCCCGGACAGUUGCACAGUCCUUUGAUGAGAAGGGGCUCCUUGGGGCUAGCUUCUUCUUCAAACAGGGCGAAGCAGACCGAGGCAAUGCCAAAAGAUUUGUAUCAACAAUCACAAGACAAUUAAUGACCAGUAACCGGGAACUAGCACAUGGCAUCUCAAGAGCGAUUGAGGAUGAUCCAGAUCUUUCAACAAAAGCUCUCAGUCAACAAUUUGACAAACUUCUUCUUCAGCCACUACUCAAGUUGGAACUGAAUGAGACUACAUCUAUGGUGAUUGUGAUCGACGCAUUGGAUGAGUGUGAAAAAGAAGGCGACAUCAGGAACUUCCUAUUCGUCAUGGUCUCAAGCAAAAUGAUGAUCAUCAGGACCUAG